GUAACAGAAAAAGUCAUAAAUCAUUAGGCAAAGAGAAGUGUGAAGCAUAUUCAGCAAGAUGAACAUCUCUGGAAGCAGUUGUGGAAGCCCUAAUUCUGCAGAUACAUCUAAUGACUUCAAGGAACUUUGGGCAAAACUAAAGGAGUACCAUGAUAAAGAAGUUCAAGGUUUACAAGUAAAAGUAACCAAACUGAAAAAGGAAAGAAUUUUAGAUGCACAAAGACUAGAAGAAUUUUUCACCAAAAACCAACAACUGAGAGAACAACAGAAAGUCCUUCAUGAAACCAUUCAAGUUUUAGAAGAUCGGUUAAGAGCAGGAUUAUGUGAUCGAUGUGCAGUAACUGAAGAACAUAUGCGGAAAAAACAGCAAGAGUUUGAAAAUAUCUGGCAGCAGAAUCUUAAACUUAUCACAGAGCUUAUGAAUGAAAAGAAUACUCUACAGGAAGAAAAUAAAAAGCUUUCUGAACAACUGCAGCAGAAAAUUGAGAAUAAUCAACAGCAUCAAGCAACUGAACCUGAAUCUGAGGAAGAUAUUAUUCCAGAUUCACCGAUAACAGCCUUUUCCUUUUCUGGAGUUAACCGGCCAGGAAGAAAGGAGAACCUGCAUGUCCGAUACAUAGAACAGACACACACUAAAUUGGAGCACUCUGUGUGUACAGGUGAACUGAGAAAAGAUCCAAAGUCCUCAACUCAUCCACAACACAGCCCCAGGGGAAGUGAAAUUCUAGUGGCUGACACUUGCAGUCAAGGUCAGUCACCAGUGGGUACUACAGUUGUUGCUGAAACACUUGGAAUUCGUGUUCAAGAAGAAUCUGAAUCUCCAGGCCCCAGGAGCCCUCUAGGUCAUGAGCUCUACCAUCGUCUGGGAGAGCACAAGAAACAACCUUUUGAGGAAUCCACAGGAAAUAGUGGAAAUGGUUUAAGAUUUUCAGAUUCUACUUCAAAGCCUCCUCCCCAAGAAGAAUUGACUACUCGGGUGUCAUCUCCUGUAUUUGGAACCACUUCUAAUGUGAAAAAUAGUUUAGCUUUGAAUACAAGUUUGUCCCCUUCUCCUCUGGAGACUGGGAAAAAAAAAAAAAAUCUGAAAAUAGCCCCUUUCCGCAACACUUCUAAUUCUAGACCAGAGAAAAUGAGAUCAAAAUCUGAGGAUAGUGGCCUUGUCACACAGCAUAAUCUUGGGCCUAAAGGGAACAUGAUCGCUAGCCAGUCAUGUUCUAAUAAACAGAUGCUUGCAAGUCAAAGUACAAGUGAACCCACAGGCGUGCAGGAUGGCACUGGCCACGUUAAAGAUGCUGUCACGGAUAAACACUCAGUGCCCCUGAAACCACUGGGAAGAGGAACAUCCAAGAGAAGGAACACUGAGGAGAAAAGUGAUCAUGAAGUAAGCAGCCCCCAGGUUGCUUUUGAUAAAGGAAACGCUUCUCCUUUUCCAGCCAAUGGUGAUUUUUCCAUCAGUGGGGACUUUGCGGUGGAUAAACCUCUGGAUCUUUCAGAUCGGUUUUCAGCUGGCCAACGUCUGGAGAAAAGCCAAGGAGGUAGUGAGACCCCUAAAAACAGAUUUAGGCAAGUGACUCUUUAUGAGGCUUUGAAACCCAUUCCAAAGGGUUCUUCCUCAAGUUGUUAGGCCUUGAAUGGGAGUUGCAUGCUAGCCAAAGAUUCCCCAGAGGAUUCCUAUGUACAGGAAUGCAUCCUCCAGUCCUUGAGUAAAUUUUCUCCAGAUAAUAAAACACCGUUACAAAUAAAAGAAGAAAACCCUGUCUUCAAAAUCCCUCUACGUCCACGUGAAAGUUUGGAGACAGAGAAUCUUUUUGGUGACAUGCAGAGUGCUACUUCUCAUGAGCCAGUAAAAAUGAAAACCAGGUCAGCCCAUGGAGCAUGUGAACUUACAUCAGUUCUUCAGUUAAAUCCACGCAGAAUUGCCAAAACAAAGUCUCUACAAAACAACCAAGAUGUAUCUUUUGAAAAUCUCCAGUGGAGUGUGGAUCCAGGAGCAGACCUUUCUCAGUAUAAAAUGGAUGUUACCGUAAUAGAUGCAAAGGAUGGUGGUCAGUCGAGAUUAGGAGGAGGACAGACAGUGGACAUGGACUGUACACUGGUUAGUGAAACUGUGCUUUUAAAAAUGAAGAAGCAAGAGCAAAAGAAAGAAAAAAGUCCAAAUGGAGAAAGAAAAAUGAGUGAUAGCUUGGAAGAUAUGUUUGAUCAGACAACACACGAAGAAUAUGAAUCCUGUUUGGCAGAUAAUUUCUCCCAGGCAGCAGAUGAAGAGGAGGAAUUGUCAGCUACCACAAAGAAGCCAAACAGUAAUGGUGAUAAACAUGAUAAAAUCAAACAGAAAGCGUUUGUGGAGCCACAUUUUAAGGAUGACGAAAGGGAGACUAGCUUACAAAAUUUUCCUCAUAUUGAGAUGGUUCGGAAAAAAGAAGAGAGAAGAAAAUUGCUUGGACACACGUAUAAGGAAUGUGAAAUUUAUUAUGCAGAUAUCCCAGCAGAAGAAAGAGAAAAGAACCUGGCUUCCUGCUCAAGACACCGAUUUCGCUACAUUCCACCCAACACACCAGAGAAGUUCUGGAGUGGUUUUCCUUCUACUCAGACUUGUAUGGAGAGAGGUUACAUUAAGGAAGAUGUUGAUCCUUGUCCUCCUCCAAAAAGACGGCAGCCUUACAAUGCAAUGUUUUCUCCAAAAGGCAAGGAGCAGAAGACAUAG